AUGAGCAGCCAGAAGAAUCCCACGGACUUUGAUGAGAAAUUGGGAACGUCACAAGGAGUCUGGACCGGUGGAAAGUGGGACUCAGGAUACAAAGACAACUGGGCUUUAGAGGUGACGAGAGAGACAGAACCCUAUGCCUCUGCCAGGGCAUCCAGGGCUGCUUUCAUCCUCAAGGGCUGUCCUUGUGCUGUCACCAGCCAGGCAGAGGUGCUGUCACUGAUCAGGCAGCAGCAAUUCCCAAUGGGCCGCAGAGACAGCAGUCAAAGGUCUCCACCGAAAGAGCCAGUGCUGAUGUGCCGGUCCAACAACUACCCGAAGGGUUUCUACUGCAGCUGGCACCUGCCCAGCCCCACCUACAUCCCCAACUCCUUCAACAUCUCUGUCAUACACAGAACGAGAGAGAUGGUCUGCAAGAAGGACAUCUUUCCCAAAAAUAGAUGUCACAUCAGAUACCUCCAGCUCUUCUCGACGGUGAAGUACAAGGUGACUCUGACAGUCACGAAUGCUCUGGGCAAAAACUCCACCACUCUCACCUUUGACGAGUUUGCCAUAGUAAAGCCAGACCCUCCAGAAAGCGUGGUGGCCAAGCCCGUGCCCAAUAACCCCUGGCAGCUGGAGGUGGCAUGGCAAAACCCCUCAUCCUGGCCUGACCCCGAGUCCUUCCCACUCAAGUUCUUCCUGCGGUAUCGGCCCCUCAUCCUUGACGUUUGGCAGCACGUCGAGCUGUUGGACGGGACGUCUCACACCAUCACAGAUGCCUAUGCGGGCAAGGAGUACAUCAUCCAGGCGGCCACCAAAGACAAUGACAUCGGCACAUGGAAUGACUGGAGCGUGGCUGUCCAUGCCACCCCUUGGACGGAAGAGCCCAAGCACCUCACCACGGAGGCCCAGGUCACAGAGACGACGAGCGCCAGCACCUCCUAUUUCGUGCCACCCCCCACCACUAAAAUCUGCGACAAGGGGGCCAUGGUGGGCAGUGGGGCCGUGGCAGUGUGUUGGACAGCUGGACUGGUCUUGGCUGCUUAUGGUGUCCUGUUUAUUUAG